UAGUCCACGCCGCCUCGCAGUUAUUCUCUUUUCUGACGGCGCGGCGGUCAGUCGUGCGAGCGGUGCAGAUCCGAUCCGGAGCCGAGCGGCUAUAUCCGAGGCGACAACGAGACAGACAGAUCCCUGGCUCCAUCUGGUAGACCGCACGCCGGCUCCAAGCAGCGCCACUUGCCUUCGUCCCGCGGACUUGACCGAGACCUUAGACCGCCGUGGUGCACUUUGCCGCGGAUCCGGAUCGCGGCCCUCUACAGUGGCAGUGUUGAGUGUGUGUGUGUGGGUGGGUGCGAGUGCAUACCAGUGACAGCCGAGUGAACUCACAGCCGCCGCCAUGAAGGACCUGCCGCAGUUCCCCAGCUUCUGGGGCUGGAUCUCCCAGCAGCACAUGCGCGUCCCGACCUCGGACCCCUCGGGCCCGAAGGAGCCCCGGCAGCCGCGCGCGCCCCGUGCGCCCCGCGUCACCGUCUCCAACUACGGCCCCACCACCGUGCAGGGUGUCAUCGACCGCUUCUACACCCCGGCCGACGAGUACGGCGACAAGAGCGGUCGCCGGCCUAGAUGCGUGCUGAUCUUGCUGAUGGUCGGGCUGCUUGGCAUCAGCACCGGGACAAUCAUGCUGCUGACGGACCCCUACAACACGCUCUUCCAAUGGAAAGCGACGUUCGCCGAGGGCGGUGAGAUGUUCGGCCUCUGGGAGAAGCCCCAGAUCGAGCUCUACCUCCGCGUCUGGCUGUGGAACGUGACCAACCGCGAGGAGUUCCUGGCCGGCCGGGAGAAGCUCCGCGUCCAGGAGGUCGGCCCCUACACCUACAGGGAGUUGUUUACGCACGAAAAUGUCAAAUUCAACGAGAACGGCACCAUGACGAGCACCCCCACCCACCCGCUCGUCUGGGUCCCCGAGAAGAGCGAGGGCCGGUCCGAGAACGACACGCUCAUCCUGCCCAACAUCGCACUGCUGAGCAUCACCAACGUCAUGGCGGACGCGUCCCUCUUCACCCGGAUGGGCGUCAACAUCCUGGUCCGGCAGACCGAGUCGCAGCCCCUGGUCGAGAUGACGGCGCGCGAGUUCAUGUUCGGCUACGAGAGCCCCCUCGUCACGCUCGGCAACAAGUUCAUGCCGUCCUGGAUCAUGUUCGACAAGCUGGGCCUCAUCGAUAGGGUGAGUCUCUCGGCGGCUGCGUCUCGUCGAAUGUGAUGCCUACCCUUCGGG